CCGGCUGCCCCCCUCAGAGGAUUCUCUGGGACUGGUUCAUCACCUCCGAAUACUCCUGUGACAGGAGGCUUUUACAAAACCCGCCUCCAGCCCCAAGAAGCAAUAAAUAGAAGGCGCCCAGCCCACGAGAAGCAAGGAGAAGUUUCUAGGCCUGCGUCCCCGGGUUUAUUAAGCUCUCGGCUUCACUCAGUGGCUCUGGCUGGGAGCCUGGACCGCUUGGGAGGACAGUGGCGGCUGGCUGAUCUCCGGUGAAGCUGUGUGGAGAGGGGUCCUUGAGAAUUCUGCUGGACCAACCGGAGGUCGCCUUCGGUGGCUGGAGUGUCUUUGGGGGCUCGGACCCCAGCCAAGUGUGUGCCUCAUCCCUGGCAGUGGAUGGUUCUGAAUCUGAAGAAUAAGCUUGGAAGGCCAGCGCACCCACCUCACCUUGCUGUGUGACCUUGGGCAGGUGGCUCCCUCUCUCUGAGCCUCUGUUUCCCCUUCAGCUCAGCAGCCACCAUGGCUGACGGUCAGAUGCCCUUCCCCUGCCACUACACGAGCCGCCGGCGCCGGGACCCCUUCAGGGACUCGCCCCUGUCCUCCCGCCUGCUGGACGAUGGCUUUGGCAUGGACCCCUUCCCCGACGACUUGACUGCCUCUUGGCCUGACUGGGCCCUGCCUCGACUCUCCUCCGCCUGGCCGGGGACCCUGAGGUCGGGAAUGGUGCCCCGGGGGCCCACUGCCAUGACCAGAUUUGGGGUGCCUGCUGAGGGCAGGAGCCCCCCACCAUUCCCCGGGGAGCCCUGGAAAGUGUGUGUCAACGUGCACAGCUUUAAGCCGGAGGAGCUGAUGGUAAAGACCAAGGACGGAUACGUGGAGGUGUCUGGUAAACACGAAGAAAAGCAGCAAGAGGGGGGCAUCGUCUCCAAGAACUUCACAAAGAAAAUCCAGCUUCCUGCAGAGGUGGAUCCUGUGACAGUGUUUGCCUCCCUUUCCCCAGAAGGCCUGCUGAUCAUCGAAGCUCCCCAGGUUCCCCCUUACUCACCGUUUGGAGAGAGCAGUUUCAACAACGAGCUUCCUCAAGAUGGCCAGGAGGUCACUUGUACCUGAGACCCCAGUCUUGGCCCUUUGUUGUUCCCUCCCGAACCCCUGGGCUUCUCUGAUUCCAGGAUACAUUACUAUAGCUGAACUCGUAGAUUUAGUGUGGCUAAAAUGCUGGGGGUCGGGGUGGAUUGACCAGAUUCCCUGGAUAGUGUCAGUAGUAGGUUUUUCUGCAAGAUGGCUCAGUUGACAGGUCAUGCUCCAUUGUAUUAGGCCAAAGUGCUGGGGGUUUUCCUUUCUUUACCUUUUCUAUCAUGAUGAAAAUGUUGCACAUUUUACAGUUGCAAAACAAAUAAAAGGGGACAUAACAUUUCACUUUGUAUCUUAUCUUGCAGCUAAUGCAAGAGUUGCUUUUCUCUGGGGACCGGGAUUCCCAUUCUGGGCUCCCAAUGUCCAUACCUGCCCCUUGGUUUGGUUGAUGGAGCCCUCGUAGCUUACCCACAGUGUUUCUGCAGCCCUGGUUUACAAAGGGUUAUAGACAGGUCUUAUAUCCCCAUAUGGGAUUUAUCCAGCAACCGCAUGAAAACAGACAGUGCCGUGUGCCCUCCACCCAGGCAUUUAUAGCAUGUUCCCAAGCUGGCACUCCCCAAGGACUUUAGAAGUCCUUUAGUUUAUUCUCUGGUUAAAGUCCCCCCUUUCUUGUGUCUCCUAUGUCCAAGUCGGGAUUUUUACAGAGGGGGCUGUCUCCAGACAGCUCCACCAGGAACCAAGCAGAGGCCAAAUAGUCUGGCAGGCAGGCUAGUGGUGUUGUGUAUAUGGGUGGGACGUGUGUGUCAUUGUUAUUUGAAUUGUGCUGUUGUUUAGGGAAAAUAACAGUAAACAGUAAUAAAAGGAACUGAUGUUAUUA